AUGCGUAGGUCAUCACGUUAACUUUUGCUUACUGUGUAGAACUUUCUGAGAAACCUUUGUGUUUACCAAAAUCAGUUGGCAAGACCAGUGACAAUAUCAGGAUUUCCAUAAUAACUUCUAUUGAAAAUUACGUAAACAGCCCUCAUUAUGAAAGUCUAGAAUUUUCGACAAGUUUGUCAUCGAAAGAUCGUGCGUUCGUCCGGCUGAUUUCAGAACAUGUUGGACUUAAACACUCGACGUUUGGGUAUGCACUUAACUGUCCAUUGCGCCCGUUGCGUGGUUUUCGUUUUGCCUUUUUUGACUUCUUCAGAAUUUUUAACAUUAAUUUGCGAAUAUGCUCGAAUUGAAGAUUGCAGUAUUGCGUACAAAUUAACUCGAGUAUGAUUUAAGUUUUUUUCUAAUCUGCGGAAUUUAUCACUCCUUAGGGACUGUUUAUAUCUUACAGUAUGGGUGUGUAUACGCGUAUACGCGGUUAUAACCGUACACAUACAAUUGUUAGGUUUUUGUCAUAAUUGCGAAUUUACUGCAUAUGAGCAAAAGCGGCUUCAAUAGGCGUGCCAAAUUACGAAAGAUAUCUAUCACCUUUGCAAAGUGAAAGAUGAUAAGUUCAAAGUAAGAAUUACCAGACAGUUCAUGAAGGAAAGUCACCAUAUCUACAGUGUCAUAUCAAUUGGAAGUUUCAUUUGUAGUAAGUGGUGCUUCUUACUUAGAACCCGAUCGUAUUUCACCUUUUAAAUUGCCAGGUAUCUGUCCUAGUUUUGUACACCUGCAAAAGCGGCUUUUAUUCAUACUAUUGCUAAAACAACAGGGCUUCUCAUCUGUAAGAUAAACAGUACUUUAUGAGGCAGUAUUCAUGGUUGCGAUAAUUUUAUAGUUAGAACACGUUACUUUUGUGAUAGCAGUGCAGAGGAAAACUACUGGCGUCAUUUUACCCCGAACUCUGGUUAUUAAAAAAACUUAUUUCUUAUAGAUGUAAGCAGUGCAAGCUCACUCUCUGAACAGCCGUUAUUAAGUAAAUAGAGGCAAAAGCUUGGCCACCGCACAAAUAUCACAUAUACACACAGUGCCUCCUACACAAAGGACUACAAGUCAGCGUUGCCUUGCAUGUGCUCGUUGUUGUAAGUUUUCAAUGGGAAGCAGCAUAAAUGAGACGUUAACUGUUAUAAGCCUACUAGAUAACGCGAGACAGACGUCAGCAGUAGUGUGUUGAACAUUUUUGAAACCCGAGUGCGAAGCAUUUCACUUUGUACGUUGUUUUCUGAUUCAAAGAGUUUGCAUGAGUAAGUUUGACAUACAACUUAUGGGUAGAGUUCGGUCAUCAUAUUCCUCCGCGUAUUUGAAUGCGCUAGUAGACUGAAAAUACUUUUAGGACAGGCCCUUCGAGAUCGAGUGUAUGUUAAUGCGGCUGUCGGUCAACAAAUUCUAUUUUAAUUGCUCUGGUUGUUAAAGUCCCUAGUAAUUUAAGCCUCCGUAUAUAUUCCUGCUCCCUCGUUCCAAAACAUUUCACUCUUCUGAAAAAUUGAAACAUCGCAUGCAGCCAGGCCCAUGUCUCAUGAUGGUGUUAGAGAGUUAAAAUAAUGUAAUUUAAAUGAAUAUUUUUUUCCUGUAGUUGCGUCCUCGUGACGUUUCAUCUUCUUUAAAUAUGACCGGGGCUAGACGGGCAAAUGUUUCAUUUGGAAGUGAUAAUAUUUUUUAAGCACACAGUUACUGAAACGAUGACAGUUCUGAUCAGGGAAUGUAGGUAAUGCAACUCCUACCUUAGGAUACAGGGUAAACGCCCAAGACUCUGAAAGGUAAAACAUCACAUCAGCUGACAAAAAUUAACUCUUUUGCCUUUGCACUAACUUUUAAGUAGCUGAUAUAAUACGCCAGAUUUUGUAAAUAGAUUAUAAGACUAUUGUAGUACCAGGCCGACCAAAGAAAGUAACCAAAAUAUUCUCAGUAAAACGAGCAUUCCUACGGAACUAUCACGAACGCCUAAUCGUUUGGAUAAGCGGGCAUCAAGUGUUUAUUGCUCUUGGUAGAAUGGUCGUACUUACAUAACUAGCCUUCUGAAUUAAAAAUUAAAACUAAGUUGCCAUUGGGCAAAGAUAAAAACUUCAAUUAUUUACAGAGUACUGGUUUGGGCUGAUACCGUCUGAGCAGAUAAACGUGGGUAAAAUAUAGUAUCGUUCCAAAAAAUGGAUUCUUGGGAAACCCUGAGUUAUCAGCCAAUGUUUACGUUUGUAGUUAAAAUUAAAGUUCCACAACAAGCGGAAGUUACAAAGCGUGUGCGAUUAAUUUAUAACUUCAGCAUGAAGACUUUUGUGGAGAAAUCUUAAAGAGCUGAGUUUUUACCACAUAAACUUCUGUUUUUCUCACUGGGUUCGGAUUUUGGCAACUUAAAAAGUUAGAAACUCCAUUUCCUGGAACAGCCAAGGAAUAUUUUUCCGGCGGCUUUGUUUGACGUCUAGAUUAUUGUGUUUCGUUUGAUCUCACGAAUUUGGUAUUGACGUUUAUAUGCAUAUAUGCAUAGCUGGUUUUGGCUUCUCAGAGAAUCGAGUAUUGCAGAUGACUCACAUUUUGGGAGUCUUUAUACGCCUUAAAAAUAUGGACCCAUUUGUAAACUAGAUUAAUGCAAAUGUAAGCCUACCGUGAGUUAGCUUACGUUAUGCAAAUAACAAUACGAGACCUGUUCAAAAUCUCAGUUCUAUAUCCAUUUUGCCCUUCUUCCACAUUCCUUACCAUCAAUGUAGCAGGUUGUUCCAAAUUUUUCAUUUGUUAUUUGGUUAAAGUUUUGGUGUUCGUUUCAAUCGCAUGUACUCUCUCUUGUCUAUCGGAAGAUAUUGGUUUUGCCACUUUACGGAUUGAGCUGUUGGUUUCGGAAGAUCCAGGCAACAAACUGAGUGUGAUAAAAAGUAAAGGCGCUCGCUUCCACUUGGUAUCAACCAGUUCCUGGAACUCGCAUCUUCGCUUUUAUCGGCAGACUGAGUAUGAUGCCAUUCGGAAAAAUAGCUGUUGUUAUUUUCCAAGUGAACUUUUUGUUUGCAAUAUAAAUAUUUCAUAAAUAUGCGCUUGUGAUUGAUCACUUAUGCGUGCCAACUCACUGAUCAAUUUUAUCCUUUGAGCUUCCAAGAAUUAAUGAUAAGAUGCUAUUCCUCUAUGCAGAUUAGUUUUUAUUCAAUGGAUAAACAAAAUAAAUGGUUUUUUUUAGAAACAAGAACAAUCGCCAAAUCAUCGUGCAAAAACGUCCUCCUUCGACCCAUCUGGAAGGCUCUCAGUUAACGUUGAGUUGGGAUAGUCGACGGUCCAUAAUUCAUUUACUCCAAAGCAACCCACUUUCCUCAAAAGAACUGGAAUUUCUGCGACCCUACCAAGAAGAUCUGUUCUCAACUGGUGCGUUUUAAACACACGCUGCCUUAGUCUCAGUGUUGUAUCCAGUCUUUUGUAAGCAUUUAAAAUUCUUCACUUGCUGUGACCACGGGAUUAUUGCUUUGAUGGACUAGCAACGCAUUCUUAUCAGGCCGUAAAAUAACGUUGCUCGUUUUAAUUUUAUAAGGAAAUCGUAGUGUGUAAGGACCUCAUCCAAUUCCCUUCUUCACAUUCAAGUGCAAGCGGUUCAUGCAUUUGCAUUUGUUAUGGACCAUCCUUAUACAUUAUUUCUGAAUACCCAGAAACCAUUUACAAAUGAAUGGAAUGUCCUUAAGUUCGUUGAAUUCACUGAAGACCACUGACUUCAUGUGUGCAUGUCAUAAUUAGUUCGUAUUACUCGGACGCAGUAAGAAGGGUUAUCGUCUUUAGCCUCAAAAUUGUUAUUUUGUUUUAUUUAUUUUGGAUCGACGUUCUGCUAAUAACCUUUUUGUGCUGCAUACAACAAAACAUUGCUUGAUCGUUAACAAUCGCGCGAGAGCUCCAAAAACCUGCGGUAUCUGCUAUGUCAGCGAGAAUUUUUCCCGCAUAGUUGUUAAAAUGUUUGACAUUCUGCGCCAGAUUUAGUCGCCUGCCAAUAAUGUUCCAUCUACUCCCAAAAGGUUUUGCUAGAAAUUUUAUUUAGUGAUUUCUAUCGUCUUUUAUACGACAACUGAAAUUUGUAGAUACCGUUUGACUUGCUAUACUCGCAGCAGGGGUAUUAGCUAGAGGCCAAGACACUCGACUCGUUGAUUUACUUCCGCUGCAUUACGUAACCGUAAGGGAUUUACACAUUAUUGUCUCCAUGUUUAUUCUGGUCCAUAAUCACGAUUGUCAAUGCAAAUCGUUCUUAUUUUCCUCAGCACCCAAUGUUCAAGCGCGAAAUAAUUCCAAAAAGCCCUUCAAACUUAACCUUUUGCAGCCCCGAGCAUUUUGCCUCCUAAAUUAUAGCAUAAAUGCUCCAGUUCUCGCUUUUGCUUUAUAUUGCGUGAAUCAUUUUAUUCAGCAAGUUUCUAACAUUUUGGAAUUGCCCAUAUAAAGGUUCAAGUCUAGAAGGCCAAAAAUGCAUAACAGGAAGACUCAUGGGCGCCGUUCCACAGAUCCCAGUUGCUCCAUAUCUGAGUUCGAGAUUGCCUGCUGCUUGCUCAUUUAAAAAUCCAAAGCCUACGGUACGGAUAAGAGCGAAUGAGCUGCCAAUAAGAAUCCACAAGAGUGAAAUUUUCAGAACCAUUGCGAAUGAGCAGGUCGUAAUCGUUGCCGGUCCACAUGGCUGUGGGAAGUCUACACAGAUGCCCCAAGUAAGCCUGUUAGUCACACCAAACGUUACUUUAAUGUUGCAUGUGAAUAAAACACAACCGGAGACCAUAGAUGAGGAAUUACAAGAAACAUGUUUCAUCAGUUAUAUGUAUGACGAGGAAGUUUCGGACUUUAGACAACUGCUGCUUCAUGCUGUGUGUGUUGCGACGUGAAACUCAAGUUUUCUUCGGAAAGCUUGUCAGAGAUAUUUUCCCCUUCUUUUCCAUUUAUAAUUAUUCUAAGCAUUGUAACCUGGGAGUACUUGUGCAACAGCUUUGACCUAAUGUUCUAGUAUCUUACUGAAUACCAAAACCUUCAGAGCAUUCUAGCAUCCCUUAUGAACAAAGGAAUACUUAGCAAUCAGACAAGUCCACCUUAUCGCGUAACUAAUCUUUGCUCGCUAGUCUAAUUAUGACUUAUCUCGUAGAAGUCACAUUUUUCACAAAUCCUGGAUGAGCAUAUUCCGGUGGUAGUCCGUUUCCUUCCACCCCUCAGAUGCUGCUGGAGGAAUGUUAUCACAGAGCUCAACACUGCCGAGCAAUCUGCACCCAACCACGCCGUCUGGUUGCGCAUGCCAAUGCUGAUCGCGUAGCUGCGGAGAGAGGCGAGAUGGUGGGCCAAUCGAUCGGCUAUCAGAUACAUCUCGAGUCAAAGUAAGUAUCAGUAAUUAGCUAGUAAGUGCAAAACUACUUUGAUAUACAUAUACAGUGGCUAUGUAAUUGCAUUUUAACUUAUCAUAUGGGCAGCUGUUUCGUCACUAGUCACUGCGCUUGGAGUGCGCGUGCUCUUUUUUAGGCGUCGAUAACGCUUACCGACGGCAUGAAAACCAACGAUGGAAAAAUACCCUACAUAGGCUCUGAACUACUUUUACCUAAGAUGUCCUCGGUAAAUAUUUUAGACGACGUGGAAGGAACGGGAGCUGCACAUCCCCGUUCUGGCGUGCUAGGCACCGGAGCAUGUUAAGCGUGAUUUAUGAAAACGAAUAAAAUUGACCUUGCCGAGGCGAAUUUUUCCAUGGUAACGUCACAACACGUGUUCAUCACCAUUAAAUCCAAAAUUAGUUUUAUGAAGAAGUUGUGAAGAACUCGCCAAAAUACUUUUGACUCAGUCAGGACAACUAGAGACUUAUGUUAAAUCAACGUAUAUGACGAUCUGCCGCCAAAGCUAAGACAGCGACCCUCAAAGACGAUCCUAUAUAGGAGGCCAAAACAAAGUGUUGGGCACUCAAGACUGGACUGUCGACAACUAGCGCAACGAACGUCUAACACCCGUUAACAUCUCCACACUGCCAAUUCACAUUCAAGAACCUGAUUGCUAUUGUCCGGCACCAAAGCACUUAUUACAGCAUGACCGCUUCCAGCCAAUACAUCCUUCCCCAGAGCACCAACGUCAACAAAGAAACUUCUCAUGUUCUCGAUCUGACCGCUCUUUUUGACUGCGUUUCGCCCUUGUCGGACAUUAUCACAAUAAUAAUAAUAAUGCUAGUAUUCGAGGAAAAAUUAACGGCAGCGUCAAAAUAAUGUCAGACUAUACACCUUGUAGGAGCAACUACCAGUCACGCAUUGAUCUGUUCGGACAUCUGCGCAUUCAGAUUUGAAGGGACAGAGAACCGUUGCCAUGGUCUCCAGCAAAGAGCCGUCGAGUCUUUUUAGUUACUUCCACCUAUUUUCACGUCAUUUGGUGCUGCAUUAACUCAUUCGGUCUCAUUUGCUUGCAUGAUGGCUGGAGCAUAUCUCAUAACCCAGGCAAAAACCUCUGUGCUAACGUUGGUUACUCUCAUUUAUGAUGGGCGAAUAUUUGUCUAUUCUACCUAGACUAGGACUGUUGUUAUAUAAGCCUUCCUUAUUAAUAAUGACAAAUAGAUAUGCAUGUCUGGUUGGCUGUCAGUCCCUAAAAUACAGGAGACCCUGUGCUUGCCUUAAACCAUGGUCAAUAAAAUCAGACUUGGAUACAUAAUAUUAUGGGUUUAAUGUUUGUUUCAGAUGAAAAGAGGAAUCGGGAGCAAUGAAGACGUAUGGUUAGGGUCAAACGUCCCAGUCUUUUUUGCAUUCGACGUUGCAUGUGGUCAUUUUGACCAGCUCUUCCUAUUGGAACUAGAUGAGAUGCUGGAGGAGAGCAAGCAAAUUAUAUAGCAAGUUCCCUCACUGUAAUUCUGUGAAAGAUAACGGAGCGUCACGAAAGGCUUUGGGUGGGCUGUCGCUAAGUGAUGAGAUGCUUGGUCUCUUCUGACGACGAAGAUUGCAAUAGUUGCUCCUUAAUAUGGCGAUGAGAUUGAUUCCGACUGUGUAUUCUGGGUCUUCUGGUAUUAUGGACCUGGAAAGAAUUUUGAUACCCCUAAGUCCGGAAAACACACUUUACCAGACGGUUCGCUCAAUGCCAUUUCCAAUAUUUUUUAAUAAACUUUUGCACCAAAUUGUUUAGAAAUGCUCGUUGUCUUCCCCCUUGGCCAGGGGCCUAGGGUCGAACUGCGUAAUAAUAAUACCAUCAUGCGCCUUUUUUACAGCUGCGAACUCAAUUACUUAAGGAUUAUUUGGAGAAUUUUUCCCGUUCCUCUAGGGUUUCUCCUAAAACACUCUUAACGUUUUGUACACACGCGGUCCUCCUUCGAACAAUCUAUGGAGACCCAACAUUUCUCAACUCAACGACCCACAUAAUAGUUGACGAAAUCGAGGAAGAAGAUGUAUUUUCCCGCACUAUUUCCAAUGACGGCAACAUUAAACAAAGGUUCAUCUCCAAUGACGUAUCUUCGCAAACCUGCAAUCUUCUUUUGGGAAUCUUGCACCGGAUUCUACCGAAAUACCCACACUUAAAGGUUAUCCUUCUCGUUAAUUUGAAGUCAACGUCUGUGAUACUAUGUCAAAGUGCAACCGCUGGGUUAAACCUCACUCGCCUUGAAGUAUCAACACCAGGGGCCCUCGAAAACGUGAACUGGAGAACACUUACACAGGUAAUUUUUACUUUCGACUGAUAAUUGGCAACGCCUAUGACACAGUUGUUGUUUCCGCUACUUUAUCUUUCUCAAGAAAUUCUACGAGAGUUUCGUGCCAUGAGCUGGUGGGCAUUUAUUUUAGAUAAACUUUCAAAAUUGUUCAAUUUUAUCAUUGAGACAUGUUCUACAUUUGACGAAGACUCACAAAUAACCGCGUAAUCAUUUGUUCUGACCAUGUCCUUGCUCACGAACUGUAAGUCAUCAAUGCAGUCAUGAAAUGAUAUCCUUCCCUUUCAGCCUAUUUUUUAGAACAUUAUUUAUACUACAGUAUAGGGGUAGUGUCUUUCAAUUCCCCAUCUUACCUUUUUCGCCCAUGCAAGCGGAAUGAUGCACAGCCAUAUAAAAAGAACCGGAAAAUCGCGUCAUCUAAAACAGUCCAGUCUUAGAUGUCUAUUUUUCAGUUAUAACCCCCGGAGACUUUCAGUCAAGGCUACAGCCUCUUAUUACAGAGCUUUGUUUGCCUCUUCUUUUUUGUAUUUACUUUAUUUCUAACUAGCCGCAACUCAUUUGUAAGUGUAAUCUUACAAACGGACGUUUUUAAUGUGGGGUAUUAUAAUCUGUAAAUAUUGUUUGGUUUUUAAUACUAUGAAAUUGGCGCUCCUUGAAAGUAUUUAAGAUAUCACACAAUGUCCAGCUACUCGGUCUUAAUGCAACCAAACAAACAGCUGAGAAGCAACUUGAAUACGCGCAAUUUUUUAUUAACUUCAAAACUAGCUCGAUCGAAAUCUAUCUAUAUAGUACAGGGUCAAAAUGCAUAGGUAAAGUUGGUCAAAUGUCAUCUGAGGAGAAAAAUUCUCUCAAAUUGGUAAAGUUGAGGGAUCCGGGUUAAUGAUUUUAAGAAAAGGAUGGGCUCACCGGAACGGAUUUAUUUAGAUGCUGACGGCAACUUGCAUCUGAAAUUUCUUAUCAGAUCUACUGCUUUGAAUUGUAGCUUUGCCAGUUAACCUAAGCAGACCAGCGAGGACAGAAUGGACUGUCAGUCCCUCACAACUAGACACACGCCUUAGCUGUGAAUGAAGUAAAAACACCAGUCGAGUAUUGCACUCUUACUGCCGACAUACCGACCUACUUUUCUUUUUGCUUUCAAGAUAGUUUUGCCAGUUGGCACGUGAUCACUCAUCUGUUCUAUCAUCCGAUGUACAGGAGUGUUUGCUCAAUCAUGGUGCACUUGUCCGUGCAUGUUUCUCCUUGAAUACAUCAGCGCUCUUUCGAUCCGAUGUCAUUUUUUUACCAAGGAUACUAAGGACUCGUUAUCUGGGCUCAAUCUCCAUGUCAUUUCUUGAUUUCAAAUCUAAAUACAAUUUUGAAAAAUCGUUGGGACAGAUUUAAUAGAUAAACUCAUCUGGACCCCACUAUUUUCUACAACCCUCUGUUAUCUUUAGUUUUCGUUCACUUGAAAUUUCGGUGAUUAUGGCGGUGUAUAUAGUGAAAACGUGCGUCUUGAAAUUGCCCACGAAGACGUGUUUAAUUAGAAAAAGUCUGUUGUUGGUCUUCAGACAAUUAUCUUUACCAGCGACUACGAAAUAUUAUGUGUCAUGAUUUGGUGUUUUCAUGCCAGAUGUUCCAUCCUCUACCGUUUGCGGAUAUCUCCCUUCGCAUCGGUACCGCGCCGCGGAUAUAACAUUACCUGCGAUAAUCUAAGUAGGGGUUUUCACUGUUCCUUCUAGGGCAUUCGUCAAAAAAGUCGUAAGUGUUUCCUGAAGACGCUCGCGUUCCUGGGGAUAUAAUCUGCUUCUAAAUCCUAUCCUAGUUGCCUUAAUUUAAAACUCUGAGGUCUGUUGAAAUUUUCUGGGUUUCUUUGGCUCGUAAUAGGACAGGAUUUAUAUCUUAUAAUUUGUGAUACACAUGAAAGUAAGUUGUCCUUAAUUGCCUCUAAAACAGGCCGUUCAAUCAUUAAAGUUAUGGACGAUCCUUAAAUGAUUAUUUACCAUUACUACUGUACAUUUAGGAAGCUAACAGUACUAUGCUGGCCGACUUGUCUGCAAUCAGAAAUGAGGAACAGGAACCAGUGCUGCAAGUUAUUGUACCCAAGCUCUUUCCUAAAGCUGGUGAUCAUGAGACAAAUGUACACAGCUUUCUCUUGGCACCUCAAUAUAAGAAAGCACCCGUGAUAUGGAGUAAGUCGUUUCUGAUGUCAAUCGCUGAUAUUCAUAUCACACUAAAGUGCCCUUUUACAACAGUUCACAGGCAAAAAUAUUCGAUUAAGCAUGAUCUAUGCCACAGUUUUCGUAUUUCUGUUGACGUUUAUGCAUUCUUUGCCCUCCUCGGGCUCAUCUACAGAAAAAGAGAAAUAUUGGAUGCAUUUGACAACGGACGUUUCUUUUGUGUUAAAUUGUUCUGAUUGGAUUUUCUUCGUCAAACUACGCAGCUCACGUUAAAACAGCGAUUAUUCUGUUUACUUCAUGGAAAAACAAAUGCAAAGAAUUUUCUGUAACAAACAGAGAGUUUUCACACUCUUUGAAACUAAACAUUCCCUCCUCAUCACCGCUGUCUGGUUGAAUAUGCGGUGGAUGAUCUCGUCAAACAUCUAACCAACUUUAACGGAUCGAAUGGUAAAAUAAACGACUAUUCGAACCACAUCGGAAAAAGUAUUUUGAAUGCACAUACAAAAUAUGACCAAGGAAAAUGUGCAAAACGGAUAUGCAUUAAAAUAAUUCGCAAAACCUUGAAUGACAUCCUCAUUUUUCACAAGAAGCUCACAUGUAGUCCUCUGCGUUCGGAGACAACUUAAGAAAGUGCAUAUACUCGGGACAGUAUAAAAGGUUUCUUCCUAAAUGUUGUAGAGCCGUGUGUUAUAUAAUACCAGUGAGCGACACACUUUAAUGACUGACGGGGAAUUUCUGCAAGCUAUGAUGGUGCCCACAAAGCUGUUUUCUCUUAGUUAUGCCAUGAGGAAAGUAAAGAGCAAAGAACGGAAACGUCUUGCCCUUAUAACCUAAUUUUAAGGCAUUAUGUAUUCUACUCACGUGUUUCGACUUGAAUUAUUAAGCGAUACUUACACCCAUCCUCGAAUUGCAUUGCAUCGUCAAUCCACCUCAUGUUUUCAAGCAGCCAUGAUUCUAGACUGACAUUGUCACGUAAACGACAGCGACGCUGUCGAAUCUAAAGCUGAUUUAUUGCGAUUUAUUGCGGGUGUGCAUUGUUUCACUCAGCCAUGCGUCAAUGCCAGUGUCGAUCAAGUAAGCAUCUAGGCACACGGGGUGGUAGACAAUUUAAUUUUAAAAUGGUCAAAUUCAUAUCUACGCUACUCACAGCCCACUGGCCUACUGGACAAAAUCCUAACUAACUGCUGGAGAGGACGCGACUUUCCGGUGCUUCAAUCUGUCCGGGCCUCAUGACAGUUUUCGUUAUAAUUAGUUAUGUCCCUAAUUUCCCAGCCCAAUAUUUCUCUCACCAUAUAAUGACUUUAGAAAACAGUGCUCGACAUAUUAGUUACUAUUUUGUCAAAUAUAACACAGCGUACCUAGCAGUUGAGAAAACUCCUAAAUAGCAACGUAGUCUUUUACGUAGCCGCAAAAUGCAAACAUAUUUAGCAAUGGCCUAGCAGUGGAUGGAAUUAUUUGCCGAUUGGCUGCACGGAUUGUGGUUACUGUAUUGUCAACACGAAUAUCGACCGACCAAGGACUGUCGGUAAGGGAUCAACGAGAUUUAUGUUCAUAAGGGCUUCUGAUCGGCGCAUAACCUGGGAUUCAAAUUGUUAUUGUUUAGCCGUCGCAUGCUACUUUCCAACAAAAUACGACGCUGUCCUCCCUCUGGGCAAAAUAAAUCCCUUUAAAAGUAAAAUCCCCGAUCAUACGACAAUUUUAGUGUUUUCUUAGUCUCAGAAGUCAUAUGCUACGGACUAUCAGGCAAGAGCUACAGAGAAUGGUUAUAUAGUUUCUUUUUUCUACCUGUCAUAUUCUGUUUUUAUCGCUAUGGCUUUUAGUACCGACGGCUACGAGACGACCAGAAGUAUAUUUUUUGGAGGAUAUCUUACAAUGGCUAGACGUUCAGUCGUCGGAGAUGGAGCUAACAAGGCGCCUACUAGAAAAAGUUAAGUCUUUCCUCUGA